CUCUCUUCUCCAGACCAUUUCCGGAGACCUUCUCCCUUACCUCACCUCGCUCAUCAACUCAUCCCUGACCGCUGGCUACGUCCCUCCCGUCUUCAAGAGAGCGAGAGUUGCACCCCUUCUGAAAAAACCUACACUCGAUCCCUCCGAUGUCAACAACUACAGACCAGUAUCCCUUCUCUCUUUUCUCUCCAAAACUCUUGAGCGUGCCGUCCUUGGCCAGCUCUACCGCUAUCUCUCUCAGAAUGACCUUCUUGAUCCAAAUCAGUCAGGUUUCAAGACUAGUCAUUCAACUGAGACUGCUCUUCUCUGUAUCACGGAGGCGCUCCGCACUGCUAAAGCUAACUCUCUCUCCUCUGCUCUCAUCCUUCUAGACCUAUCGGCUGCCUUCGAUACUGUGAACCAUCAGAUCCUCCUCUCCACCCUCUCCGAGUUGGGCAUCUCCGGCGCGGCCCACGCUUGGAUUGCGUCCUACCUGACAGGUGGCGAAUCGCAUCUCUGCAUGUCUGGCAGACAUAUCAGUGUGGAUGACGGAUCACCACCUCAAGCUGAACCUCAGCAAGACGGAGCUCCUCUUCCUCCCGGGGAAGGACUGCCCGUUCCAUGAUCUCGCCAUCACGGUUGACAACUCCAUUGUGUCCUCCUCCCAGAGCGCUAAGAACCUUGGCGUGAUCCUGGACAACACCCUGACGUUCUCAACUAACAUCAAGGCGGUGUCCCGUUCCUGUAGGUUCAUGCUCUACAACAUCCGCAGAGUACGACCCUGCCUCACACAGGAAGCAGCGCAGGUCCUAAUCCAGGCACUUGUCAUCUCCCGUCUGGAUUACUGCAACUCGCUGUUGGCUGGGCUCCCUGCCUGUGCCAUUAAACCCCUACAACUCAUCCAGAACGCCGCAGCCCGUCUGGUGUUCAACCUUCCCAAGUUCUCUCACGUCACCCCGCUCCUCCGCUCUCUCCACUGGCUUCCAGUUGAAGCUCGCAUCCGCUACAAGACCAUGGUGCUUGCCUACGGAGCUGUGAGGGGAACGGCACCUCAGUACCUCCAGGCUCUGAUCAGGCCCUACACCCAAACAAGGGCACUGCGUUCAUCCACCUCUGGCCUGCUCGCCUCCCUACCACUGAGGAAGUACAGUUCCCGCUCAGCCCAGUCAAAACUGUUCGCUGCUCUGGCCCCCCAAUGGUGGAACAAACUCCCUCACGACGCCAGGACUGCGGAGUCAAUCACCACUUUCCAGAGACACCUGAAACCCCACCUCUUUAAGGAAUACCUAGGAUAGGAUAAGUAAUCCUUCUCACCCCCCCCCCUAAAAAGAUUUAGAUGCACUAUUGUAAAGUGGCUGUUCCACUGGAUGUCAUAAGGUGUAUGCACCAAUUUGUAAGUCGCUCUGGAUAAGAG